AUUAGCCUGGAUGACCCAUCCAACACGACAUAUGGGGCCGUCGCUGACGUUAUAUGUGACUCUGGAUUUGAACACAGUGUAUAUCACGUGAUCUGUUUAAGUAAUGGUUUGUGGUCAGAGGCAUCGUGUGCCGCUAAGAUCACUCUGGAUGAUCGAUCCAACACGACAUAUGAUUCCACCGCUGACAUUAUAUGUGACAUUGGAUUUGACACCAGUGUAGAUCACGUGACAUGUUUAAGUAAUGGAUCAUGGUCAGAGGCAUCGUGCUUGCCUAAAGAUUGUGGAGCAGUCGAUGUACCAGUCAAUGGACAAGUAGAAAACCCAGAAGAAACGACCUUUCAAAAGGUUGCUCUUUUCAAAUGCAAUAUUGGCUAUGAUUUGAUUGGAAACGGUUCGAGGUUGUGUAUUGUGAAUUUGAGCGGCGAAAUGUUUUGGACUGAAAAUACACCAAAUUGUCAAGUGAAAGAUUGUAAAGCGUUAAGUAGUCCAGAGAAUGGAAGAGUAAAUAUUCCGAGCGGAACAACAUAUCAUCAGAAUGCGACGUAUACGUGCAACAAUGGAUAUGAGCUUAUAGGAGAUAGGGUUCGGCAGUGUAUCAAGUCUCGAAGAUGUCGUCCUGACGGUUCAUGGGAGCGACCACAGUACAACUGUAAUAUAUCAACCUGCAAAAAAAUACUGGGACUAGUCGAUUCCUUGGGAUCUGCUCUUAGAAGAAGUAAUCUAACUAGUGAUGAUACAUCAGUCACAAUCAUCAAGACAAAUGUCGCAUUGGAAGUGAAAAGGAUAAAGAAUGAAGAUAUUGAGUUUCCUGCAAAUGAUUCAUCUGAUGGUGCACUCGAUGCUAGAAAAGAUUGGAUUUAUAAUUCUAACAGUAAAUUGAUGUUGGACGAUAAUGCGUUAGAAGUCUGUGAGUGCAAUCACCUUACUAACUUUGCUGUGCUGAUGAGCCCAUUCGUGCAGGCAGAUGCCGAGUCAAUACCUUUGCGCAUAAUUUCCAUUGUUGGUAUUGCUGUAUCCAUGUUGUGUCUUCUAUUAACAUAUUUUGUGUACAUUUGUUUAUGGAGGAACAUAAAGAACGACCGUGCUGUGUUUCUUCUGAACCUCUGUAUUGCCUUGUUGUUCUCAUGCGUCGUGUUCCUGGCCGGAGUCGACAGAACAGAAAGCAAUGAGUUUUGUAAGGUUGUUGCUGGCUUGUUGCACUAUUUAUACUUGGUCGUGUUUUGUUUGAUGCUGGCGGAGGGAAUAGACAUGGCAUACACAGUUCUUUAUGUAUUUGCUACAAGAUCAAGGGCGAGAUCACUAGUCAUUGCUUCAUGGGUUUCACCAGCAGUCAUUGUCGGAAUAACACUCGGAGUAACACAGACACAGGGAUAUGGAAAUACUGACUUCUGCUGGUUAUCUAUCUUACAUGGAGUAAUAUGGGCGUUCGUGGCGCCUGCCUUGCUCAUUAUUUUGAUAAGUUUGAACAUUUUAUGUCUGGUCCUUGUUUUCAACAAAAUGCUGAGAAUGAAAGCAAUGGAAACUAAGAAAAUGCCAGAAAAAAUAAAGACAAGCCUUCGUUCACUCUGUGUACUUGUUCCUCUGAUGGGUGUGUCAUGGAUUUUGGGCAUAUUCUAUAUCAACGAGGACUUUUACUCCAUGCAAUACCUCUUUUCCAUUUGUAACGGUCUUCAGAAAAGAUCGAAUACGGAAAUGUCAAAAUCAAAAGACCUUAAACAUCUAGAGACUUGAGGCAUUGAUGAAUCGAUCAACCGGAGAAACCUGGACAUCUAAAGCUGACGACGGUUGACAAUUUCACUUGCCGGAAGGGGGCGGAGCAGUUUUAAGAUGUUGUAUUUUAUACUCCACCUGCUACUUAAUCUACACACACGGAGAACAUUCAUAA